AUGGCUAUGGAGCGCUUGUUCCUCUUCGAGUCUUUCAUGGCUUCGCUACACAGAGUAGCAUGCUCCACACAGCCUGACAUUCCCGGCAGGAAACCUUUCUGUGUCAUGCCAUCAAAAUACUCAUUCACCAACAUAUGGCGAGCAAGGCUAGACCUUGGCAGCUGCGAAUUCGAAAAGCUAAAGAAGAAGAAGAAGAAGAAGAAGAAGAAGAAGAAGAAGAAGAAGAAGAAGAAGAAGAAGAAGAAGAAGAAGAAGAAGAAGAAGAAGAAGAAGAAGAAGAAGAAGAAGAAGAAGAAGAAGAAGAAGAAGAAGAAGAAGAAGAAGAAGAAGAAGAAGAAGAAGAAGAAGAAGAAGAAGAAGAAGAAGAAGAAGAAGAAGAAGAAGAAGAAGAAGAAGAAGAAGAAGAAGAAGAAGAAGAAGAAGAAGAAGAAGAAGAAGAAGAAGAAGAAGAAGAAGAAGAAGAAGAAGAAGAAGAAGAAGAAGAAGAAGAAGAAGAAGAAGAAGAAGAAGAAGAAGAAGAAGAAGAAGAAGAAGAAGAAGAAGAAGAAGAAGAAGAAGAAGAAGAAGAAGAAGAAGAAGAAGAAGAAGAAGAAGAAGAAGAAGAAGAAGAAGAAGAAGAAGAAGAAGAAGAAGAAGAAGAAGAAGAAGAAGAAGAAGAAGAAGAAGAAGAAGAAGAAGAAGAAGAAGAAGAAGAAGAAGAAGAAGAAGAAGAAGAAGAAGAAGAAGAAGAAGAAGAAGAAGAAGAAGAAGAAGAAGAAGAAGAAGAAGAAGAAGAAGAAGAAGAAGAAGAAGAAGAAGAAGAAGAAGAAGAAGAAGAAGAAGAAGAAGAAGAAGAAGAAGAAGAAGAAGAAGAAGAAGAAGGAAGAAGAAGAAGAAGAAGAAGAAGAAGAAGAAGAAGAAGAAGAAGAAGAAGAAGAAGAAGAAGAAGAAGAAGAAGAAGAAGAAGAAGAAGAAGAAGAAGAAGAAGAAGAAGAAGGGAAAUGCUCACCAUCAAAUGGUGGAUAAAAACCGUUUCGACUGCUUUUUAGACAGUAACGGGUAAAGAAAAAAGGAAAAAGAAACUCAUAUAAUGCAAUUCGAAGAGAUA